AUGGACGCGGCCCGUGCCCUGGACUUCCUGCACCGGAAAAGCCUCAUCCACCGCGACAUCAAGAGCCCCAACAUACUGCUGGACUCGCGGCACCGGUGCAAGCUAGCCGACUUCGGGAUGGCGAGGCAGCUGGGGGCCAACAUGACGGUGGUAGGGACAGACGCCUACAUGGCACCGGAGCUGAUGUUCGACAAUCCGUACGGGACCUCUGCGGACAUGUUUAGCUUCGGCAUCGUCUUGUGGGAAACUAUCUACCGGCAGAAGGCCGGGACGGACGACUUCAUCGAGAGGCGCAUGUCGGACCAAUUUGAGGUGGACGUACAGGCUCUGCAGGAAGACGCACCCCCGGACACCAGCGCCUCCCUCGUAGCCCUCGCGGCCCAGCUUGUGGAGAACGAGCCGGAACAGCGACCGACUGCGGAGGACACUCUGCUGUGGCUGGAGGACCUGACGGACUCUCUGCCGGAGGAUGAGGAGGACCCGUGGUCGCCGAUAGACUACGAGAGCCUCUUCCCCCUCGAGAUGGGCGAACGCGAGAGCCAGAGGCUGGCGCACGUGAGGAAUAUGUCCGCGAGGGCCAAGAAGGCGGCGGCCGGGGGAAGCAGGGGCGGCGGAACCUCGUCCUCCACCCUCGGAGCCGGGUCUACUCUGGGGGGCAGCGGCCUCAGCAUCGGGGGGGACAGCGUGGGCGGCGUCAGCCCAUUAGGGCUACCGCCUGGCCUCCCGACGGACUCUCUGUCCAACGCUAGAAGGGCUACGAUGGGGGCGGGGGUGGCGAGCCGGGACGGUGGGGGCGGGGGGGCGGCGGCGGCGGCGGCGACGGGAGACGAGCACAAGCGACCCAAGUCGUUGCAGGGGAGGGUCAAGGUCGACGCGAGCCUAGCAGCGGCGGCGGCGGCUGCGGGGGCGACGGGGGCUGCCGACAGCGGCGGCGGCGGCGGCGGGAGGGUGGACAGCGUCGGCCGCGGCGGUGGGGGCGGGGGCGGGCUGGGGUCGCCCCGGGUGUCAGGCGGGGACCUGCAGAGGAUGAGCUCGUCGGCGUCGUUCAACUCGGGGUACUCGGGGUCGGCGGCGUUCUCGUCGGGGGGCGGGGUCGGCUCGACCGGCGGCGUGAGAGCGAUAGGCGCCAGCCACGCACCCAUCACGCGGCAGGGGUACCUGUACAAGAAGGGAAAGAGCGGCCUCAAGAAUUGGCAGAAGCGGUGGUUCGUGCUGGAAGGGUCGAAGCUCAUCUGGUACCGGGACAGCAAGGCCUAUCCGCGCGACCCGAGAGGCUUCCUCGAGCUGAAGGGUUGCUUCCUCGUCAGGGGGUCUUCGCAAAGGUGGAAGAUUUUGUCCGCGGACGUUACGGCGGAACAGGAUGACUACAACCGGGAGAUGGGGGCGAAAACCGCAAAGGAGAUGGAGAGCUGGUUCAAGAGCUUCCAAGAGGCCAUCGACGGCGCCGACACGGGAGAGGGCCCUGCCGGAGUGACCCUGCCAUCGCUAGACUCGGAGGAGCAGGAGUUGGAUCGCCUCCUGUACCACGGGACGAAGGCGGCAUACCGAACAGACAUGUCUGUGGAGGCGUGGCUGGACUCCCGGGGUCUGGGUUCCUUGGCGGAGGCCUUCGCCGCCGCGGGGUAUCAGGAUUUCCUUGUCAUUCAGGAGAUGGGCCUGACGGACGUCGACCUCGCCUACAUAGGCGUGAAGAACGCCGCGCAUCGGAAGGCCCUCAAGAUGGCGGCCGGGGGAUUCGUGGAGCUCAUGCUCCAGGUCGAGAUCAGCGGAUACUUCAACUUCAACUCGGAGUUGGUGUACCGGGUGGACAGCAAGUGGCGAUAUCUUCGAGCGUCCACGUUCUUCGAGUUCUCCGACUUCGAAGACCUUCGCCGACGGCUGAAGAUGGCCAUGAGGGACACCAAGUUCCACAAGAUGAUGCCGCCCUUGCCCGCCCGUCCGAACAGCAAGAAGAUCGGCAGCGACCACGCGGGACAGAUGGCGAGGCUGCAGCAGGAGCUCAACAGCUACAUGCAGAAGCUGGUGAUGCUCGUGGGCACCAAGGAGCCGUACUUCACGGUGCUCUGCGGCAUGCUCGACCUGCUGCCUCCGGACCCCAGCCGCCUCCCAGCCAGGGACAACGACAUCCUCGCCCAGAUGCAGACACGCGUGGCGGGGCGAAAGGGAGAACGAGCGGACGGGGGUCGGCUGAACGGCGGCAGCAGCAGCGGCGGUGAUGGGGGCAGUGGCAAGCUGGGUGGAGGAGGGAGCGGGGGUGGCUUUUUGUCGAGCUCCGGCCGAAGGUCGAGCCGGUCUUCUCUCUCCGGCGGCGGCGGCGGCGGCGACAACAACGGCAACGGCAGCAGGCCGACGUCGCUGAGGAAACCCUCGCCGUCGAUGGCGCGAAGCGGGAGCAGCGGAGGCGGCAGUAUUCCCGGGGCGAAAGGAAACUAGGUCGCGUGAACCAAUCACGAUGCACGACCACACACACGAGACUUACUACCACGGAUUAGAGGAGCGAGCAAAAUAGAAGAAAAAAAAAUGCCACAUAAGGGAGCGAGUGGGUCGGCUGCCGUAUGUAUAGCCGCGGUGGAAGCCGGACGGAGCAACUUUUUUUUUUUGUCAGUUCUGGUACUUUUUUUUUUUUCUUCUUCCUUU